ACUUGUAUCAACAAGAUAUUAUUGAUAAAGAAAUAUUGCCUAAUAAUUUUUUCAAUGAUUUUAAUAAUUCUAACAAUGAUUUUGAACCUGAACCUUCAGUAUUGAAUCAACUUAAAUCUUUAAUAUCAAAUCAAUCUGAGCCUUUAAUAUUGAAUCAACUUAAAUCUUCAAUAUCAAAUUAA